CCACCUUGUUGUCUCUCUUGCUUUUUUCUCCCCCGCUUCCGUUUCAAAUGGUCUUGUGCUCUCGUUGAAUUCCUUCCCCACUCUCUCUCUCUCUCUCUCUCUCUCUCUACACCUACCUCUUGCUGAAGAAAACAAGGCAGCAGAUAGCAGUAUCGGCAGCAGCAUUUAAUUAAUAAAAUCAAGAAGGGUGAAGAAUCCAAUUAAUCAGAAUAGCUAGCUCAGCUGUUAGAGAGAAAGUAGAAGGAAAGAAAGGCGGGGGAGGGCAGAUCGAACGAUUGAUCAUGCCACAGGAAGAAGAAAGCAGCAGCAGCAGCUGGUGCAAUAGUAAUAUCAAUGAGGAGGAGAUGAGUAGCAGCGGAGUGAAGAACCUGGUGAGGGGAUUCAAAUCCUUAGGGUCUUCUUCUAACAAGACGGACGCAGGCGGGGGAGAUGAGAUGAUUAGCGACCGAGAAUUGGCUCACCGGAAAGCCGAAGAAGCUGCUGCGAGGAGAUACCAAGCAGCAGAAUGGCUUCGACAGAUGAACGGAGGAGGUUGCUCCCUUCCCCAACACCCUUCCGAGGAAGAGUUCCGCCUUGCUCUCAGAAACGGUCUUAUCCUCUGCAACGUCCUCAACAAAGUCAACCCCGGCGCCGUCCACAAGGUGGUGGAGAGCCCAGUAAUGGCGGUGCAGUCCACGGAAGGACCCGCGCAAUCUGCAAUUCAGUACUUCGAGAAUAUGAGGAACUUCCUCGUUGCUGUUAAAAAGAUGGAGCUCCUGACUUUCGAAGCUUCUGAUUUGGAGAAGGGAGGCUCCUCAAGUAAGGUGGUAGAUUGCAUCCUUUGUCUGAAGGGAUACUAUGAAUGGAAGCUGGCUGGCGGAAUUGGGGUGUGGAGGUAUGGUGGGCUGGUCAAGAUCACUUCCUUCCCCAAGGAAUCACCAGCUUCAUUGAUGGGCAGUGAAAGUGCCGAUGAGUCAUUUGAUGAAUCUGAAUCUUCUCAGUUUGAGCAGUUGCUAGAAUUUCUCCAUUUUUCUAAUGAAGUCCCAGUUGAAGAAUCUACAACUGCCAAUGUUUUGGCAUUCCUUUUUGAUCAUUUUGGACUAGGGUUGCUGCAAGCUUACCUUAGGGACAGUAAUGGGAUUGAUGACUUCCCUUUGAAUGCAACGGUCAUAGAUACAUUGCUGAGCAAGGUGGUUAAGGAUUUCUCAGCAUUGCUUGUUUCUCAAGGCACACAGCUUGGACUCUUCUUGAAAAAGAUAGUGAAGGGAGACAUUGGUUACAUGUCAAAGGAGGAAUUCGUUGAAGCCAUUUCACAGUAUCUAAGCCAUAGAAAGAAUUUGGUGUCUAGUGAUUUCUCCAAGUUUUGUACCUGCAGAGGCCAAAAACAGUUUCUUGGGCACACACGAACCUCUAGUGAAUCGUCUUAUCUCUCAGAGACAACCGAUCUUCACCAGAAAGAGCUUCACGAGUUGAGAUUGCAUUACAAGCUGACAAGACAAGAAGUUGUGCAAAUGCAAGCAGAUUGGAGGGAAGAAAUAAGUCAGCUUGUGCUUCAUAUCAAGAGACUUGAAGUUGCAUCCUCUACAUACCACACUGUUCUGGAGGAAAACCGUGAGCUCUAUAAUCAAGUCCAGGAUCUAAAAGGCUCAAUACGAGUGUACUGUCGGGUCAGGCCAUUCCUAUCGGGACAAACAAAUGUACAAUCCACAGUUGAUUACAUUGGAGAAAAUGGAAAUCUUAUGAUCGUUCAUCCUCACAAACCAGGAAAGGAUGCAAGAAAGGUGUUCAACUUUAACAAAGUGUUUGCUACAAGUUGCACACAAGAGCAAAUAUAUGAUGACACGCAACCAUUGAUCAGGUCGGUACUAGAUGGCUAUAAUGUUUGCAUAUUUGCAUAUGGGCAAACUGGAUCAGGGAAGACUUAUACGAUGAGUGGUCCUGAUUUGAACACUGAAGAAACAUGGGGUGUAAACUAUCGUGCUCUUCGUGACCUAUUUCAAAUCACAAAGAAGAGGGCAGAUGUUAUUAAAUAUCAAGUUGGAGUUCAGAUGAUUGAAAUAUACAAUGAGCAAGUAAGAGAUCUACUGGUUUGCGAUGGCUCCAAUAGAAGAUAUCCUUUCAAAAACAUCCGUAAUAACUCUCAACUGAAUGGACUAAAUGUACCUGAUGCAAGCUUAAUACGGGUAUCAAGCACUCAGGAUGUUCUCGAUCUAAUGAGAAUUGGUCAUAGAAAUCGUGCAGUUGGUGCCACUGCUCUAAAUGAAAGAAGCAGCCGUUCUCAUAGUAUUUUGACAGUUCAUGUCUAUGGAAAAGAGUUGAUAUCUGGUUCCGUACUUAAAGGCUGCCUGCAUCUAGUAGAUUUGGCUGGCAGUGAGCGUGUGGAUAAAUCUGAAGCUGUUGGUGAAAGGUUAAAAGAAGCUCAACACAUCAAUCGAUCUCUCUCAGCCCUUGGAGAUGUUAUCUAUGCUUUGGCACAGAAGAGUCAGCAUGUUCCCUAUAGAAACAGCAAGCUAACACAAGUUCUACAAGAUUCUUUAGGUGGGCACGCAAAAACAUUAAUGUUUGUCCAUAUAAAUCCUGACGUCAAUGCUAUUGGGGAGACAAUCAGCACUCUGAAGUUUGCAGAAAGAGUUGCUUCUAUAGAAUUGGGAGCAGCUAAAGCAAACAAAGAAACUGGUGAAAUCCGGGAUCUCAAAGAAGAGAUAUCAAGCUUGAAACAUAAUUUGGAGAAAAAGGAAGCUGAACUUGAACAGCUGAAAAGUGGAAGUUCUGGUAGAAACACAACAGAGGUACAAAGAGAAAGGGCUGUUUCUCCUUACUAUUUGCCAAAGCAUGGUACAAACUCCAACUUGAAAUCUGAAAUAGUUCAACGGGGAAAUGCAAAUGAUGAAGCAAUUCAGAGUCGAAGUUGCUCUUCUGGAAAACAAAGGAGGUCUAGAUUUCCAUUAGCUUUCACAGAUAAGGAAGCUCUGCCAAAGCGUCCAUUGGACCAGAGGUCAGGAAGUUUCACAAAGCAAAGGUCACCUUCUCCUCCUGUUAGGAGAUCAAUCUCGACAGACAGAGGAGCCAUGAUCAGGAACAUGACCAAACCCGAGACAGUUGAUAUUAAUACCUCAGUUGGAAGAGCCCCUUUUCCCGGUAGAGCUGGUGCUGUCAAAUGUGUUGCACCAAUGGAGAACAAGUCAAAUGCAACCAGCAUAGGGUUCCAGGAAGCAGUGAAGCAGGAUAGUAUAGCUAGUGCAUUCUAUAACUUCCAGAGGAAUAAUAUCACUGCAAGGAAGCAAUUCCCAGAACAAGAGGAAGAACAAUUCAAACAGGCUCUUAACAUAAGACAAGGUGGUAUUCGAAAAUCCAAGAACGAGGUUAAGGUUAAAUCGAAACAGAUUAUUCCUGCAAGGCCGCCAAAAUUUGAAAUGGGUAUGAAUAUGAUGAUGCUGCCUGAAAUGGGUGCCGGCGAUAAGCAAGACGAGCCACGCAGAAGUGACUUCUCAGUGCCUGAAAAUGAGCUGAUAAUGGCUGGCUCCCCAUUGCUUGGCUCUUUGAAUGUAAAGAAGCUGCAAAGGAACUUGUCCAGGAACUCUCACAAUCUUGAAGCAAGAGGAUCUCGGAAUGCAAAAGAAGGUGCGAAUGCUGCAAGUUCACCAGCUGUAAUGCCAGAGUUGAGGAGGAGUCGAUCUACUCCUCGCGGAAAGUUCAUUUUGUCUUGAGGGUCCAUCAACAAAACACUGGUAUAUGUAUGAAUACGAAUAUGAUACAAAGAGCAACAUUUAAACAAAGUGCUAUAGAAAUAUUAUGUAUAGGAUACUGCUGUUGUUGAGUUGUGGUUUGGACUUUGAGUGAGACCAAUUCAUUUUGACAUUGUAAUACUUGUACUCUCACAUGUCAUGCAUAUGAAGAGUGGAUUUAAUGAUGAAACAUGAGAAGCGUUUCAUGGUUU